AUGGCUGCUAAAUAUGUAUUAUACAACUACACCCCAUCAUAUGUCGCUGCAGUAUGCUUUACCGCCGCCUUUCUCAUUUCCGGGAUGGGACACAUUUGGCAAGCCAGUGUCAACAAAACAGCCUUUCUUACACCAUUCAUUAUUGGCAUACUAUUUGAAGCUUGUGGAUAUGCCGCACGUGCGGUCAAUGCAAAGCAAGCUCCGGAUUACGCCGUUGGGCCAUAUUCCAUGCAAAGCCUGCUCUUGCUUCUUGCCCCGUCUUUGCUCGCUGCUUCGAUAUAUAUGAUUCUCGGUCGGAUAAUCAACUUGGUUGAUGGAGGCUCCAGGGCUCUGAUCCGUCCGCAGAAGUUGACCAAAGUUUUUGUCACUGGAGAUGUACUAUCGUUUCUAGUCCAAAGUGGAGGUGGUGCUAUUCUAGCUCAAGCAAAAAGCCAGAGCAAAGUAACGCUCGGCGAGCGAAUGAUUGUUGUUGGACUUUUCGUCCAAAUACUUUUCUUCGGCGUCUUCAUGGCUGUUUCAGCUCAUUUUCACAAAAAUAUCACCGCCGACCCAACACCGAGAUCUCUUUCUACCACCAGACCUUGGCAAAAAUAUCUGAUUGCGCUUUAUGUGGCUAGCUUCAUUAUCAUGGUCCGAUCAAUCUACCGUGUGGUGGAGUACAUCCAAGGAACAACGGGCUAUCUACAGAGUCAUGAGGUGUUUCUUUAUGUAUUUGAUUCGAUGCUCAUGAUCGCUGUGUGUUUCGAGUUGAACAUAUUCCACCCCAGCCGAGUUUUACCCCAUGGGAAUGAACUCAUCGAAGAUGGCGAAUACUUGCCGAUGCGAUAA